UACAAUCUCCCAUGCACAGUUUCGCGUUCUUUCACUGAACAAUCCAAGCAAAAAUUCGACGGGAUUUUUCAGCUUUUCCGGUGAUCUCCAUGGCAUCUCGAUACUACCUAUGUGCUCUCGCAACCCUUGUGCCUUUCUCCGAUCUAGGUUCAGAAACAUAUCCCGACGUGCAAUUGGAACUUCCGGCGAAUCUUUGCAGGCAGCGAUUCCAUCCGGCGAAAUUCGAAUCGAGUCCGCCUCCGCCGAAGAUGAUUGAUCACACGGAUCUGCUCAAGCUUUGAUCUGAAUCUACUGCGUUUGUUGCUGACAGAGGAGAAGAGAAUCAAAAUGUUCUCGAGUACUUUAAUUUCCAUUUGCGUGCAGCUGAAUCAACCAUUGCCUAGUCGCUUGAUGCUCUGAUCAUAGUUUUGAUGCUACGACUUCACAUUUUCGUUUGCUUACCAAAUUCCACACUCCAUCUGUUCGAUUAAAUUCCGAGAUAGCCAUCGAAAUCGUUUCUCCUUUGUACGUACUCUUUGUCAUGAUUAGUGAAUAUCCAGAACACAGCUCAUCAAUCACUUUUUCUGUUCUCUGGUGUUUACCACAUUGUUCUGAAAUGCUCAGGUAAUCAUCGAAACCUUUCUAGAAUAUCCUUUUGUGAAGCUAUAAAACACUAACUCGUGUUCUUUUGUGUAGUAGCUUUUUUUUUUUUUUUUUUUUUUUGGUAAAAUGUUAAAUUUAUACCAUUUUCGAUUUUUAAUGUUGGUUACAACUUAUUAUGCAAACACUCCUCAUGGAGGCCUAGUACAGGCGAAGAAGAACUGUAGCAUAGAUGGAGACAGGUCGGUGGAGGGGAAGGAGAUUAGGCGGUCCCGAACAAGGCCAUCUAGGGCUUGACGAAUACCAACCGCAGGGGUGGAGACAGCUGUGAAGAUGCGUGCGUUGCGCUCCCUCCAGAUAAGAUAUGAAAGUGAUUGUAGUAUGAGCUUUAUGACUGGCGAGGCCUUCGGACCAAGACGUUCGCGAGAGAUCAAAGCAGCAGCAGAGUGAAUAUCUGAUGGGGUAUCAGGCAAGAUUGCCUGUGCAAAGUGCAACCAUAUGCUGGAAAAGUAGUCACAUUCGAAGAAGAGGUGAUGGUGAGUUUCAGUACCCGUUGAGCACAACACACACUCAGGAGGAACAUUUAGUCCCCAGCGUCUGAGGCGAUCUCGUGUAGGUAAUCUCCUCAAGAGGAUCAACCAAGUUUUGUGUAGUAGCUUCUCCACUAUUCUGAUGAUUCCAGGUUCUACGGUCUGAGAGUACUAACUUGCGAAGAAGAAGAGGUAUGGGUGAUUCCAGUGGACAAACUCGGGAGCGAUGGAGCUACGAUGUGUUCUUAAGUUUCCGUGGACCAGAUGUGCGCAGCGGUUUCUUAAGCCAUCUCUACAAGAGUCUAGUGAGAUCUGGUAUAUACACAUUCAAGGACGAUAGAGAACUAGAGAUAGGAGAAAGCAUACCCCCGGAGCUGAUGAAGGCCAUUAAAAACUCCAAAAUUUACGUUGUUGUUUUAUCCGAGAGCUAUGCUUCAUCAUCGUGGUGCCUUGAUGAGCUCGUGCACAUUAUGCGGUGCUUGAAAAACGACCCCGGACACCUGGUAUUCCCAGUUUUCUACAAAAUUGAGCCGUCGCAUGUACGCAGACAAAGUGGACCAUUUGGUGAAUCCUUUCAUAAACACCGCAUAAUGUGCACGAGUCGAGAGAGCAAGUGGAAAGGGUAUCAGUGGAGGAAAGCUUUGACCAGUAUUGCAAAUUUGAAAGGGUAUCACAGUAGUAAUGGGGAUAGUGAUGCAGAAUUGAUCGACCAAUUGACUAGAGACAUUCUCCGAGUGUUGCCUAGUUCAUACUUGCAUUUACCAACAUAUGCCGUUGGUAUUAGACCACGUGUAGGUCGUAUCAAAGAGCUAAUGUGCUUUGGUUUGGAUGAUGUUCAGAUUAUUGGAAUCUGGGGAAUGGCUGGGAUUGGUAAAACAACGUUAGCCAAGGCUGCCUUUAACGAGUUCUCACAUCGUUUUGAAGGAAGAAGUUUCCUAGAAAACUUUAGAGAUUACUUCAAGAGACCUGAUGGGAAGCUUCAUCUUCAGAAGAAGCUUCUUUCGGAUAUCUUAAGGAAGGAUGAAGCUGCGUUCAACAACAUGGAUCAUGCGGUGAAACAAAGAUUUCGCAACAAAAGGGUACUUGUUGUAAUUGAUGAUGUUGAAGACAUAGUUCAGCUUCAUUCUGUCGGAAUAUAUUUGAGCUGUUUUGGUCCAGGAAGCAGGAUAAUCAUUACAACCAAGAACAAGCAUCUGUUAGAGCAGCUUGACGUAGAAAAUAUAUAUUCACCCAAGGAACUUAACGCUGAUGAAGCUCUUGAUCUUGUAAGCUGGCAUGCCUUUAGAAGCAGUGAACCUCCUGAAGAGUUUCUCCAGUUCCCGAAAAGAUUGGUUGAAUACUGUGGAGGACUACCCUUGGCUAUGGAAGUCUUGGGUGCUUUUCUCUACAAAAGAAGCGUUUCGGAGUGGAAAAGCACGUUGAAAGCGUUGAAAAGAAUACCGGAUGAUAACAUUCAAGCAAAGCUUCAGAUCAGCUUUGAUGCGCUAAACGCCUCGCAGAAAGACAUAUUCUUGGAUAUAUCUUGCUUCUUCAUUGGGAUGGAUAAAGACUAUGUAGAUUGCAUCUUGGAUGGAUGCGAAUUAGAGCCUGUCGCAGGACUCAAGGUGUUAAAGGAGAGGUGUCUCAUUACGAUCCAUGAUAACAGCCUGAUGAUGCAUGACUUACUACGAGACAUGGGAAGAUAUAUCGUCAAAGGAACAUCUCUGAGGAACUGUGAGAGAUGGAGUAGAUUGUGGGACCGGGAACAUGUUAUAGAUGUAUUGGCAAACUAUUCUGGAACAGAUGAAACUGAAGGACUUAGCUUGAAGGCUGACGUUACGGCUGUUGAGAACUUUGAGGUUAAAGCAUUUUCAAUUCUACGUAAGCUGAGACUGUUACAGCUCUGUCAUGUAGCACUCAACGGAAGCUAUGAAAACUUUCCAAAAGGUUUACGAUGGCUUUGCUGGCUUGGGUUUCCUGAGGAAUCUUUCCCCAUAAACUUACAUUUGAGAAGUUUAGUUGUCAUGGACAUGCAGAAAAGCAACCUUAAACGACUUUGGAGUGAUCAGAAGCCUCAUGAGUCCCUUAAGGAGUUAAAAUACCUUGACCUCAGUCACUCUAUCCAGCUUACAGAGACUCCAGACUUCUCUUAUCUCCCAAACCUUGAGAAGCUGUUCUUGAUAAACUGUCAAAGAUUGGCUAAAGUUCACGAGUCCAUAAAGGUUCUUCAAGGAAGCCUGAUUCUAAUAAAUCUGAGUGGUUGCAUCAAGCUUGGUGAACUCCCGUUGGAACUCUAUACGUUGAAGUUGCUAGAAACCCUCAUUCUCUCCGGAUGCUCGCAGCUUGAGAGAUUGGAUGAUGCUUUAGGUGAACUAGAGUCCUUGACAAUUCUCAAAGCUGAUUAUACUGCUAUAACGCAAAUCCCUUCCUCGAGUGAUCAACUUAAGAAGCUGAAAGAGUUAUCUCUUCAUGGCUGCAAGGAGUUAUGGAAGCACAGACAGUACACCAACUCUGAUGAAAGCUCUCAAGUGGCUCUGUUAAGCCCGCUCUCAUUAAACGGUUUAAUCUGCUUAAGGACUUUGCGUUUAGGUUCCUGCAAUCUAUCUGAUGAGUUGGUUCCUGCAAAUCUUGGGAGUUUGUCUUCUCUUGAGGAACUUGACCUUCAAGGCAACAACUUUCGUAACUUGCAAACGGAUUUUGCUGGUCUUCCAAGUCUACAGAUUCUUAAAUUGGAUAAUUGCUCAGAACUUCGAUCCAUGUUUAGUUUACCAAAGAAGUUGAGGUCUUUAUACGCGAGAAACUGUACUGUGUUGGAAAGAACUCCAGACUUACUGGAGUGUUCGGUGUUGCAAUCACUGCACCUCACAAAUUGUUACAAUCUCGUUGAGACCCCAGGGCUGGAGGAACUGAAAACAGUUGGAGCCAUCCACAUGGAAAUGUGCAACAAUAUACCUUAUUCUGACAGAGAAAGAAUCAUGCAGGGAUGGGCUGUUGGUGCCAAUGGGGGAGUUUUUGUCCCGGGGUCGACCAUUCCAGAGUGGGUCAAUUUCAAGAAUGGGACACGUUCAAUCUCUUUUACUGUCCCUGAACCAACUUUAAAUUCUGUUCUGGUCGGGUUUACCGUGUGGACAACAUACGUGAGUCAACAAGAUGAUGUGAUGUCUGUAUACAUUCCAAAGAUCACAUUGAAGAAUCAAACCAAGGGAGAUGUGUGGAGCCGCAAUCCAGCAACAGAUCUCAUUCGUAUGUACCGUGAAAAACACAUCUGGCAAGGGCACUUUUCAAAUGAAGAUUUCUUGUUAGAAACAAGGGAUGAAGUGGAAGUUUCUGUGGAUUUUGGAGAUAAAGUCGCCAUUCUUGAGACAGGACUAACUCUUGCUUACAGGGAAGUCCCUGAAGUCCCAAUUGAACAACUGACUGAAACAGGUGAUGAAGUUGAUAAUGAACAACUGACUGAAACAGAUGAUGAAGUUGUCAUUGAUGAAAGCCAAAGAAGACCUCCCAGGAAAAUGGGAAUGGGUUUAAAGACACUUCUGGGGGCGUUUGGUUUGUUAGCAUUCAUUGUUGUUCUUGGAAAACAUGGUAGACCCCUGCGCCGCCACAACCACCUCCGCAGGAAUGAAGUUGAAAAGGAUAAGGAGAAAAAUGCCACACUCCCCAUUUUCUCUUUUUUAGAUUACUAGGUUUCAAAAUGGUUUCUUGAUCUAGCUAUUGAUUUCAGAUUGAUGGUUCUGAAUCUUAAUAGAACGCUUGCUGGUGUUAUUCUAGAAUGGCUUGGAUGGUGGAAUCAGAAUGAACAUUACAACAAGAAACAUGCACUUGUUUAAAGCAGCUUCAGUGGGAGAAAACAUCUACUCACUGAAGGAAUUUGUUGGUAAUGAAUCUCUCUUCAGUUCUUUCCCAUUUAGACAAACUAUUGUAGCAGAUUUUUACAAUUUUUACCUUAAGGUUUACUUUGUUGUGAAAUUGAUCAUCUACAUUUUACCUUUAAACGAUCCUCAAUGAAUACUAAUGAUGGCAAAAAGGUCAGAUGGCCUUGUAGGCAUUUGUUAAAGCAAGAGAGCAUUUUUUACA